CACGCAACUACCUAAUCGUUCAGAUUCCCCGGAACUAACCAACAUGUUGCUCGCGCCGUUUGGAACGCUCUUGGCCGCUGCCGUCACCGUUUAUGCGACUGCCGUACCCGCUAUGCGCGGCACGCGCAUGAAGCAGGACGUUGAUACUGGCUUCGAGUGGGAUCCCGAAGCAUUCAAAAUUGCUGCAGUGCGCGAGCCUCCAGUUGGAUUUGUGUACCACGAUCUCUGGGACACGACGACCUGGUAUAACUACGACCUCAACGCCACUAUUGCCCAAUCAGUCAAGAUCAUCGGACGAGCUGCAGCUGAGGGUGUCAAGUUUAUUGCCUUCCCGGAGAUCUAUUUCCCUGGGUAUCCUGCCUUUCGCACUGCCAACGGCCCAGAGGACUUCGCGCAAUAUGUAUCGCAGACUAUGGAGCCCGGCGACGCCCAGUGGCAAACUCUAAUGAAGGCUUUUGCUGAUGCUAAGAUGUACGGUGUUGUCGGGUGGGCCCAGAGGGCUAACAACUCUCUCUUCAUGACUCAAAGCCUUGUUGGUCCCAUGGCCGACGGCUCGGCAGGAACCAUUUGGAAACACGAAAAGUUCCGUCCCUCCGGCGAGGAGCGCACGCUCUUUUCCGACGGACUACUCAAUACCAUCCGCGCUCAAAAACUACCCUUCGGGGUGGUCUCGAUGCUCAACUGCUGGGAGCAUGUUUACCCCGAGUCCCGGUUUAUCUCCGGUGCCCAACCUGCCAACAUUCACGUCGCGUCCUUCCCGAUUGGCAGCUCGGUUGCCAAUGCGACCGUCAACGUUAACCCUUAUACGGGGUGGCAUGCCGAUGCCAAAGCAUACGCCGAGACUGCUGCUGGUUCCCCCAUACUCAUGCUGCCCACAUAUGGUGCCUCGGGCAUUUUCUCCGGAUCGACUACCCUGAACGAGUCGACCAACACCCUCACGACAGGUUCACAGCCGUAUGUCACUACUGUCCUGAAUACGACUACGUUCAGCGACACCUCGUACAGCGUGAACGCAUACAACAGCUGGGGCGCCGUCGAGAACAUCAUGCAGAAUCUCCCCUCCGAUAUGCCGCAGCGCAAAGGCCCCUUCCUCCAGCGCGUGAUCUUUACGAUUGAUCAGCUCACCAAAGCUUAUAUCUGGACCCCCGGGUUGACCUGCACGCCUACUUCCAAGUGGCCGUGCCUCAAGGUCUGGCCGCAACACCAAGAGUCGGAUUUUACGGCCUCGUCUACUUGAGCGACGUACCAAGAAGCGACUUCAAUGCAUGUCGUUGCGGUGUGAUUUGGCGGACGGUAGGUAUCAGCGCCGGAAUUGGAAGACGGGUUUGAGGUAUGGAACGGGGAGCAGUGUCGGAGCGAAGCGCACAUAGAUACUAUGCUUGUCGGAUGCAGAUCGCGGAAAGCAGAAGCGGAAAGAUCAUAUAGUACUAUUCGCAUGUAUUCUUGUAGGGACGAAUUUGCGUCUCUCCUGAUGUUCUUCCAGC